CCCGGGCACGGAGAGCUGCGCACGGGGAAGCGCUGCCGCGGGAGUCCGCGGACGCCUCGCCCCAUGGGGAUCGAGAGCUUCUGCAGCGCCGACGCCUCCGAGCCCUUCUGGGAUUGGAAUCUGACAUGGUACACAGAAGAUCCAGAUUUCACCCCAUGCUUUCAGAACACAGUCCUGGUCUGGAUUCCUUGCACUUACCUGUGGAUCUGUUUCCCAGUGUACUACCUGUACCUUCGCCGUCAUGACAGGGGAUACAUACAGAUGUCCAACCUUAACAAAGCCAAAACGGCUUUGGGUUUAAUACUGUGGAUAGUCUGCUGGGCAGACCUUUUCUACUCUUUCUGGGAAAGAAGUCAAAAUGGAGCUCAAAAAAUAUUUUAUCUCAUUAGCCCUACAGUAUUGGGUAUAACAAUGUUGGUUGCCACAUAUUUAAUACAAUAUGAAAGAAUAAAAGGAGUCCAGUCUUCAGGUGUAAUGACGAUUUUCUGGUUUAUCUCGUUGUUAUGUGCCACAGUGAUUUUGAUAUCCAAAAUAAAACAUGCCUUAAAUAUGGGUGCUGAAGUGGAUACAUUUCGUUAUGUCACCUUCUGCAUUUACUUUGUCCUGUUAUUUGCACAGCUCAUCCUGUGUUGUUUUCCAGAACAACCACCUUUGUUUUCUGAAACAGUGAAUGAUCCUAAUCCAUGUCCAGAGUUCAGUGCUUCUUUCCUCUCCAGAAUCACAUUCUGGUGGAUCACUGGGUUGAUGAUUCAGGGUUAUCGGAGUCCUUUGGAAGCCAAGGAUUUGUGGUCAUUAAAUAAAGAUGACAAAUCAGAGCAAAUAGUGCCGGAUUUGGCUCGAAAUUGGGCAAAAGAGUGGUCAAAGACCAAGAGGCAACCAUUAGACAUGUUAUAUGCGCCCAAAAAGCAGCAAAAAUCAGGCGACUCAAAUGGUGAUGUGACAGAAGAGGCUGAAGCUUUGAUUAUAAAACCAUCUCAGAAGAACUCUGAAGCAUCUUUAUUCAAGGUGUUAUAUAAAACCUUUGGACCAUAUUUUCUCAUGAGUUUCCUGUUUAAAGCCGCACAUGAUCUCUUGAUGUUUGCAGGCCCGGAAAUUCUGAAGUUGUUACUCAAGUUUGUAAAUAACAAAGCUGCCCCAGACUGGCAAGGCUACUUUUAUACAGUGCUGCUGUUUGUUUGUACCUGUCUUCAGACACUGAUUCUUCACCAGUAUUUUCAUAUAUGCUUUGUAACUGGAAUGAGGCUCAAAACAGCUAUUGUUGGUGUAAUUUAUCGAAAGGCACUUGUUAUCACGAAUUCUGCUAGAAAGACUUCAACUGUGGGUGAGAUUGUGAAUCUAAUGUCUGUGGAUGCUCAGAGAUUCAUGGAUUUGGCUACCUAUAUAAAUAUGAUUUGGUCUGCACCUUUCCAGGUGAUAUUAGCACUGUACUUACUGUGGCAGAAUUUAGGUCCUUCGGUGCUGGCAGGAGUGGCUGUCAUGAUCCUUCUGGUUCCAAUAAAUGCUGUGAUGGCAAUGAAGACAAAAACCUAUCAGGUGGCUCAAAUGAAGAGCAAAGACAACAGAAUUAAGCUGAUGAAUGAAAUUCUCAAUGGGAUUAAAGUUCUGAAACUUUAUGCUUGGGAAUUAGCCUUCAGAGAGAAGGUAUUAGAGAUCAGACAGAAAGAACUUCAAGUCCUAAAAAAAUCUGCUUACCUUGCUGCAAUGGCAACCUUCACUUGGGUUUGUGCUCCUUUUUUGGUUGCCUUGUCCACGUUUUCUGUGUACGUCACCGUAAACAAGAACAACAUCUUGGAUGCUCAGAAGGCAUUUGUUUCUCUGGCAUUAUUCAAUAUCCUCAGGUUUCCACUGAACAUGCUUCCUAUGGUCAUCAGCAACAUAGUGGAAGCCAGUGUCUCCUUGAAGCGCCUUAGGGUGUUCCUGUCUCAUGAAGAGUUAGAUCCAGACAGCAUAAUCAGGGGUCCCACGACAGAGGAUCCAGUAAAAGCAGAAGACAAAUGUUUUGCUGAAGGAUGCAUUGUUGUAAAGAAUGCAACGUUUAGCUGGUCCAAAACUGAUGCUCCUUUGCUGAACAGCAUUAAUUUCACUGUUCCUGAAGGCUCCUUGGUGGCUGUUGUUGGUCAGGUUGGCUGUGGAAAGUCUUCACUGCUGUCUGCAUUACUGGGGGAGAUGGACAAGAAGGAAGGCUACGUGGUUGUCAAGGGCUCUGUAGCCUACGUUCCUCAGCAAGCCUGGGUCCAAAAUGCAACUCUGGAAGAUAACAUUAUCUUUGGAAGGGAGAUGAAUGAGAGUCGGUACAAGCGUGUGAUUGAGGCCUGUGCUCUGCUGCCUGAUAUAGAGAUUCUUCCUUCAGGAGACAAAACAGAAAUAGGAGAAAAGGGUGUGAAUUUGUCUGGAGGACAGAAACAGCGAGUCAGUCUUGCUCGGGCAGUUUACUGUAAUGCAGAUGUCUAUUUGCUUGAUGAUCCUUUAUCAGCUGUUGAUGCUCAUGUUGGGAAACAUAUUUUUGAAAAAGUUAUUGGACCAAAAGGAAUCCUGAAAAAUAAAACUCGGCUUUUGGUAACCCAUGCAAUCAACUAUCUGCCUCAAAUGGAUACAAUUCUGGUAAUGACUGAUGGAGAAAUCUCUGAGAUGGGCUCCUACCAGGAGCUGCUGGAGCAAGAUGGGGCUUUUGCUGAGUUUCUUCGUACAUAUGCUAAUACUGAACAAAGCAUGGAGAACAGUGAGUCAGAUCUUUCAUUAGAAGGAACGAUGCAACCUCUGGAAACAGAUACAAAUAGUCCAUCUACAAAAGAAGGAAAGCCGGUAGAAAAUGGAGUCCUUGUGAAUGAAGCCCCUGGAAAGUUAAUGCAUAGGCAACUCAGUAACUCUUCAACAUACAGCAGAGACACUGGGAAGUCCCAACAGCAGAGCAGCACAGCAGAGCUGCAGAAGCCACUUGCUGAAAAGAAUUCCUGGAAACUGAUGGAGGCUGACACAGCGAAGACCGGGAGGGUAAAGGCAUCGGUGUACUGGGACUACAUGAAAGCAAUUGGACUCUUUAUGUCUUUCUUGAGCAUUUUCCUCUUCCUGUGUAAUCAUAUAGCCUCCUUGGCUUCCAACUACUGGCUAAGUUUAUGGACAGAUGAUCCUGUUAUCAAUGGGACACAGCAGUACACAGAUGUCAGACUGGGAGUAUAUGGAGCACUGGGAAUUUCUCAAGGUAUUGCUGUGUUUGGCUACUCAAUGGUCGUGUCAAUAGGGGGAAUAUUUGCAUCACGACACCUACACCAUAACCUGCUGCACAAUGUCCUCAGGUCUCCAAUGAGUUUCUUUGAACGUACACCAAGUGGAAAUCUAGUGAACCGUUUUUCUAAGGAGAUAGAUACCAUUGACUCCACCAUUCCACCAAUCAUCAAAAUGUUCAUGGGCUCAAUGUUUAAUGUGAUUGGGGCUUGUAUCAUCAUUCUGCUGGCCACACCUCUAGCUGCUGUCAUUAUUCCACCUCUGGGACUUGCCUACUUGUUUGUGCAGAGAUUUUAUGUGGCCACAUCUCGGCAGCUCAAGCGCCUCGAGUCUGUCAGUCGUUCUCCUGUGUAUUCUCACUUCAAUGAGACCCUGCUGGGAGUCAGUGUCAUUCGAGCCUUUGAGGAGCAGAAACGUUUCAUAAAGCAGAACGACAUGAAAGUGGAUGAAAACCAGAAAGCUUAUUAUCCAAGCAUUGUUGCAAACAGGUGGCUGGCUGUCCGUCUGGAGUACGUGGGGAACUUUAUUGUCCUGUUUGCAGCAUUGUUUGCAGUGAUUGCACGCAACAAACUCAGCGCGGGACUGGUUGGCCUCUCGGUAUCCUACUCACUGCAGAUUACAGCGUAUUUGAACUGGCUGGUUCGCAUGUCAUCUGAGGUGGAAACCAACAUUGUUGCUGUUGAAAGAGUCAAAGAAUAUACUGAAAUGGAGAAGGAGGCCGAGUGGAGUAUCGAACAAACCGCCCCAGCGAGUACCUGGCCCGAGGAAGGGAAGAUUGAGUUUCGAGGUUAUGGUUUACGUUACUGCGAAGACUUGGAUUUGGUUCUGAAAAACAUAAAUGUUACCAUAAAUGGGGGUGAAAAGAUUGGAAUAGUUGGAAGAACGGGAGCUGGAAAAUCCUCCCUCACUUUAGGUUUGUUUCGGAUUAAUGAAGCAGCUGAAGGAGAAAUUAUUAUUGAUGGAAUUAAUAUUGCAAAGAUAGGGCUCCAUGACCUGCGGUUCAAGAUCACCAUCAUCCCUCAGGAUCCAAUAUUGUUCUCUGGCUCUCUGCGUAUGAAUCUUGAUCCUUUUGACCAACACUCUGAUGAAGACAUUUGGAGAUCUUUGGAAUUGGCUCACCUGAAAAAUUUUGUGUCAUCCCUUCCUGAUAAACUGAAUCACGAGUGUGCUGAGGGUGGUGAGAACCUCAGUGUGGGACAACGCCAGCUGGUGUGCCUGGCACGAGCUCUGCUCAGGAAGUCCAAAAUCCUGGUUCUGGAUGAAGCCACAGCUGCUGUUGAUCUUGAAACAGAUAAGCUUAUACAGUCGACGAUAAAGUCUCAAUUUGAAGAAUGUACUGUAUUAACUAUAGCACAUCGUCUGAACACGAUCAUGGACUACACGAGAGUUUUAGUCCUGGAGAGAGGAGAAGUGGUGGAGUGUGGAAGCCCAGAGCAGCUCCUUCGGAAAAGAGGCAUUUUCUACAGCAUGGCCAAAGAUUCAGGCUUGGUGUAACACUUGAACUUGUUGAGUUCCUGUGGGGAAGAGGGAGGUGAUACAUUUGGCGAACUGUAACUUCCCCUGAGCUGGAGUGAACCAUACAGCUCAGCUUGAGACAUAGUGAAGUUGGCCAGAGUAUGGCAAUGGAAGUAACAUAAAAAUGCAAUUUUUUUCCUUUUUUAUUUCUCCUUAGUAUUGAUUUUAGCCAACUUUAGGAGAAGCACAUCCACUGUGCAAAACACUGCAGAGACUUCUAAUUUUUGCCUAAAACCUGUCUAUAAUAUUAUAUGCUAAAAUAUAAGGUGGAGUGAUUCAUCAGAGAAGUUCAGAAAAGCUUUUACUUCUCGUCUGCUCUUAUGUUCUGAAGUUCCCUCCCUCUUUUUUUUUUGGUUUAAAACAUUUUUGCAAAUGCUAAUUAUUUGCUUGUUCGCGGAUUCCUCAUUUGAUGAGCCAUCUAUUGUGGGAUGCACCUGGAACAUUUUGUGGCAUAUAGUACUAUAGUCCAAAGAUUUUUUUUUUUUUUCUUGUGAAAUAACACGUGUGCCAGACGUUCUCAUUAUGGCAUUUACUGUACAUGGUUAAUGCUUUAUGCAUUGUCCUAAAGGUUUCCUGUGUUUACAGCGUAUAGCAGCAAGUUCUCUAUAAUGUCGGUAGUGCUGAAGUCAAAAAGCACAGUCAACUUCAUAGCAGUAUUUAAGCAUGUCUGGAAUGACAAUCACUCCAAAACCAAAUUGGUGCAGCAGCUGGUGCGUUGCAGUGUGCAGUAUCUUACACCCAGUUCACUCAGGAAUUCUGACUUGGGUGCCCAAUCCUGGUGACACCUGUGGGGACGAGGCUGAGAAGUGAGGAUUUGUCUGGGCAGAGGUUGCAGGCUCGGUGUGAUGUUGAUUGUAAAACCCUUGGCUUUGGCAGUCCUGUGCUUUAAUUCUGCCACAUCAAGGACCAUUAGCCUUAUAUCAAAGAAACAUGCCCUUCAUGCUGCUGCUGUUGACUCAAAUUUUGUGGGAAAAUGUUCUGUUGUUUAAAAAAAUUACUGUUUUUAAAGUUGUGUGUCAGAGGGGUCUAACAAUUCAAUUAGCAAUGGAGUCUGGUUUUCAAGAUCCACGUUGUAUUUUCAUUUUUCUGUGGUAAGAGAAAAAUUACUUUUCUAAUGUUCUGAUUAGUCUUAUUUUAAAGGAAAAUGCUGGAAGGCAAACUAAGUCAGAUGGACACAAAUACUCAGCACUGAGAAUGUGGACUUCUGUGAUUGAUAUUGCUGACCUUAAUACUAGACAAUUGUUGUCCUUAGAGUAAAGCUAUUUAUUUUUUUGUAAAUUAUGACUCUCUGAAAUUGAAUAGACUGAAAUUUUCUUUGGUAUUUUUUUGUAAUGACUAUACAAAUAUUUGCAAAGAACUUGCAGUAAAAACAUUGUUUGAAA